AGCGCAAAACCCAGUCAAGUAACAGCUAGCGAAGCCCUACUAGCAAUUCAUCUCUGUAACUCACUCUGUCUAGCGCAAAUAGCCGGCCGGCCGGCAUUGCAGAAUCCUUCCACAGCAGCUAGCAUCUCGGUCGAGCAUUACGCCAGAGCACAGAGAAUGAGACUCUUCAGGAAACAGGAAAAACCAAGAGGGCUAAGGCAUCUCUUCAGGAAAGAGGAAAAAACAAGAUGGAUAAUGCGUUUCUUCAAGAAAGAGGAAAACCCAAGAGGGCUAAAGUGGCACUUCAAGAGAAAUGAAAUACCCAGAGGGCCAGUGCAUUUCUUCAAGAAAAAGGAAGAAACAAGGCGCUCCCGAUGGCCAAGGUCGGUCAUGCUGCCAGACGUGUUCUGCUGCGGGUUUGCAGACAGACAAGCUAUAGCUAUCGAAAAGAUCAAGCUUCUUAAGGAGCGCCGGUGCGCCGCCGCAGCCGCCGGCGACGCGGCACGAGUCGCUAGCCUGGAUGUGAACAUUACGGCCGCGCUGGAGAUAUCUGCUACCCUGCUAGGAAUUAUUGAGCCGGUUUUGGGUUUUACUGAUUACAGCCAGCUGUAUCGCGAGUACAUUCCAAGGCCGCGUGGGGUUCGGGACGACAGGACGGUCUGGACGGUCGUCGGAGAGACAGCCGCCGCCACCAUCGAGCGGAGCAACGAAAUGGAGAUGAGAGCGAAGGAUUACGUCGAGACUCUGAGGGAGCGCGACGCUAUGGCUCAGAAGGUCGAAGCCUUCAUUGACACGGAGGCUAUACCGCAGACUAGAGUUCAACCGAGGCUUCGCAAAGAUGGCUGGGACAAGACCAAAGAAUGGGUUGACCUUCUCCACGCUUUGACUCUGAAGGGCAGCGGUCUUGAUCUCGACGUUGAGAUUAUGAACAAGUCCCUGAGCAUUCUUAAGGUAAAGAUUCACCAGGCAGCAGAGGGUAUACUUGCUUCCGACGCCCAAGACCUUGCCCUUCCCCACUACUUAGCCGCUCACAAAGGUAAGGCCUGCGCACACAAGGAAGAGAAGGUCCAAGCUGAUGGUUACAAGGACGACAAAGACGGCCUUAAGACAACAAUGCUUGAGAUCCGUAAGCUGGAAGAGGAGAUAAACGGGAAGAUAGCGGCCAAGGUUGGUCUGGUGAAAGAGAUUGCAGCAGCAGCACCCAGCCUGUGCGAUGGAGACAAGAAGCCCGAAGAAUCUUGGUCGUCGUCGCUCAUCAAGAACAUAGCGGUAAAGCUUGGCCUGGUGAAAGAGAAUAUUGUGGUGGUAAGAGAUGAGGAGGAGCUUCAAGAGUCACUGAUCAAGCAGUUUGAUAAGGCGAGGGAGGAAUUCGAUCAUCUCUGUGCUGCUCUUCGCUCCAAGAGAUCAGCACCCAACAGGGCCACGCUCAAACGAAAGGAAAUCGGCAUUGGAUCCCAACAUGGCUGGCGACCCUCAAACAAAAAGAAAUUGGCGCUGAAUCAAUCCAUUAUGCCUCUGCCCGUGUUAACUGAGGUUGCUGUUCAGAAGGACCGCCUGCCACCUACAAGUUCGAUAACGAGAUCGGCAGAUUCAGGACAAGGAGAUCGGCAAUCCAUCCCCUUCCCUCUGGUUCGGCACCUCGCGCUCGCCGGAUGCACGCGCGUCGCACCGCCGCCGCUGCCACUAGCGCUUCCCAUUUCGCCUCCGCGGUUGAGCCACCGUCACGAGCCCGACGAGAAGAGGGAUAUGGACAGGCAGAGGCAGCAGCUUCUGUCUUGUGGACGGGAUCUCGAAGGAGCAGCAGCAGAAGCGGACGGACAAAAGAACGGUUGGGGAGAUGGAGCGCGGGUAGCUGAAGAUGGGAAUGGUGGCAACUAG